AUGGCGGGCCCCGAAACGUCUUGGGGCCGGAGCCGUGACCUGGCGGAUCGGCGGGGCGUCGGGAUGGUCGCAGGCUCUAAUCGGCUUCGGCGACGAGUCGGGCGAAGCGUUUUCGCGGUGACCUUAACGGCCACGGCCACACUCUUGCCGAACCACGAAGCCUUUGAUGCAGUUGAGUCCCAGCCGGACGGCGCACGGUCCGUGUUUGCCACUGGUCCGUUGGGCGGGUGGCGCCUUUGUGCACGGGAGGGUGGGAGUUGCAACUGCGUGGGCACAGUGGCAUUGCAUAGCUGGCUGGCGGACUGGAGCAUGCUUCGACAUGUGAACGGUUCCAUCCCAUGCUCCGUGGCCUUCUUUGGACAUGAUCCACGGCCACACCUGCCCAAGCUGUGUAGCUGCUUAGCGUCGCUGUCCUGGCCAGAGAGCUUGGUGGAUGGUUUAAAUGAAACCAUCUCGAGGAGCCUUUUGCCCAGAGUAGAGGCUGGACCGGCUGAAGCCACCUGCAGCCCGGAGGACGACGGCAAAUGGACUCCCUGCUCAGUGUUGUCCAGCCGGCACGACGGUAGUGUGGUUCCUGAUAGGAUACUUCCGCGCUUGCCAGUGGAAGAGCAGCGGGAUAUGGCGCUACGAAAGCUGGACUUGUGCCACCGCUUGGCGCCGGAUCAGGCCUUGAGGAUCUUGGGCGUUUGGCCCAGCAACAUCCAGAUGGGCGUCGUUCCCAUCAAGGCCUCAUCGGCCCCUUUGUGCGCGGUGGUCUACAGCCCCUUACGGGGCGCCUUAUGGGAUGGCCGCGCCGCCAUCUUCUGUCCGACCGAGCCACCGAAAUGCUUGGAGGGCAGCUGUGAGUGCGCCGAUGCCUCUUUGAGUCGCAUCGACCUGCGCAAGCGCCGGAACGGCGACGGCAAGGAGCCGAAGUGGAGCGUCCACAGAGUUGGACCUGCUUGCCAUCGGGAGAGACUGCAGAAGAUGAAGUCUCCAGACAAAAUGCCCGAGACUCAGAAGUUUGCUGCGUAUUCCGCGGCCGGGCCUGCCACCCUGCCCGACCUGUCCAGCUUCCAGCCAUCCGGCGAAACCCCGGCGAAAGCCAUCUAUGCGGAUGCUCCCCAGGCGCCAGAGAAGUUGGACGCACUCUUGCGACAGGCCUUGGGCGAGGCCUUUGCCGAUGCUCCACGCACCGCACUGGCGCGAGCUGGCAUGCUCCACAAGCAUCCAGAGGUGAUUCGCAUGGCCGUGGCAUUGGCACACUCGGGCCUCGGAGUGGAGAUCCAGCAAUUGCGGGCAGAGCAUGUACCAGCUGCGCAGAUCGGACUUCGCAUCGAAGCGGAUGGCAAGCAGGUGCCCUUGGACUCUGGCGAGUUGAGGGACUUCCGACGGCCACCGCACUCCGUGGAGGAGCGAAUUUCGGCGCCACACGGAGCGCUUUGA